AUGGUCCAGCUAACAAGGAACAGAAGUCAGUCUCUAAUUACCCGACCAAUGGCCCCUCCGCCGCAAGCACCGGAACGUUCCCUCGAGGCAUGUGCCUCUACUGCCUCCCUCUUCCUCUACGCCCAAGGCUCGUCCAUCCUCUGCCUCCACCAUGAUACCCUCGCGCUCGAUCGACGGUUCGAGAAUCACCAGGAAGAUAUCGCUUUUAUAUCGGUGGAUAACGUUAGUGAGCGAGGACAGGGACGACUGGUUGUGAGCUACGAUGUCGGACAGACUGCUAUCGUGUGGGAUCUAUUCACGGGGACGGAGAUUGCAAGGUUUGCAGCUUUUGAGCCGUUAAAGGUGGCUUCUUGGAUGCGGAAUGGGAAUGUUGCUUUUGGGAAUACGAAAGGCGAGGUUAUUCUUUUCGAACCGUCGACUUCGGAACAUGUCUUGACUGGUACCAUUUCUGAGCCUAUUACGACACUGGCGCCGGGUGCUGAUUGUCGGACAUAUGCAAUUGGAUACCAAAAUGGCACCACCCUACUCGCAACGCUCCACCCUACCUUCAACAUCCUACACACACUCACAAUCUCCCGCAAUCCGUCGCCCUUGGUCAACUUAUCGUGGCAUGCAUCAUCAUCGAAACAAAAAUCGGAUAUGCUGGCCUCGCAGGCAUUGAAUGGCGACUUGAAAGUCUGGAGCGUCUCAAAACCCGCCGAAAAAGAACCACCACGAACCAUUCGAGUUUUGAAGCGAUCGGAUACCGCAGCCUCAGGACCACAGUGGAUGGCUUGGUCUAAGAAUGGAAAGAUAUUGCAGUAUAUGAAUGGAGAAGCAUGGUCUUGGGAUGUCAGGACCAAACACGUUACUUCUGAGCGUAUUCCGGCUAUCAAUGGCGUUCGUGGUAUUGCCAAUUAUGGACCAACGGCCACUUUGUUCACCCUUGGUCCAAACUUCGCAGUGCAGCAGUAUGACUUGGAAAUCUCCACCAUGGUCGCCAAUGUGCACCACCCCCCGAUGUCUUCAGGAGAUGCACAGUUACUACCUUCCCGCUCGCUACAAGAUUCGCCGGAAAUCAAAGAAUCCCCGUACCCAUUCGACGGCCGACGCACACCCUCGGACAACGAGCAACCGCACGCAGACCUGGCAAGUCCUGCCUCCUCGCGCAGCAACGCAAGCUCCAAGGCCUCUGGAAGAUACCGCAUGCCCCUAGCCUCACCACCGAGUAGGUCCGAACAGAGCAACACUCCCGCUUCUACACUUCCAUCAAGCAGUGAGAGGAAUACGCCACAGCCUUCGCAUGGAUAUGCCCCGUCAAUGUCGACGUUGUCUACGAAGAGUUCUCGUGCGGGAUCACGAUUAAGGAAUGAGGUUCAGUUCAGUCCUGCCGACAAGCAGAUCGAUUUGUUUCCUUUUCUCCGGACGCGCUUGAACGACGUACCGUACGGGCAUCAUCAGCCUCUAGAUGAGACCAAUCUUACCCCGGACGGUCUUCGUCAGCGAAUGUUGAGCAUGGUUUUUGGAUGGGAGGGGGAUGUCCAGGGGUUGAUACAGGAUGAGCUCAACCGUCACCCCCCAGGGAGCCAGAGCUCGAUUCUCUUGGCACAAUGGCUCGGUGCAUUAGACACGGAUGAAAUGAUAUCUAUGAUUUACUCAGGCCCUGUCUCCAUUUCCGACUGGAUGAUCAUGGCCUUCAGCCAGAUGAGCGGCCAAGCCCAAGCGAACAAAGUUGGACAGGCCUUCGUGCAGAAGCUUUUAGAAACAGGCGAUAUUCAUACUGCAGCAACGAUCCUUCUCGGUCUUGGAGACAAAAAUGAUGCUAUCGAAGUCUACGUCUCUCAGAACUACUUCCUGGAAGCUAUCCUCAUGACAUGCCUUUUGAUGCCAACAGACUGGCAACGACAAUCGUACCUUGUCCGUCGAUGGGGUGAGCAUGUCGUUUCCCAUUCCCAGCAGCAACUUGCGAUUCGAUGCUAUAUGUGCACUGGCGCGGAGCCUUCAGAGCCCUGGACCUCACCAGCAGCCCAGAAUGCUGCUACCUUUGCAGAGGGACAACGGUCACCAAUGGCAUCUCCCGGACCUGCACACCCCGUCUCCCCACCAUCUCAGCGAAAGCAAGCAGCCACUCAGAAGGCUAUUGCCAAGACUCCUGCUUUGAAAUUGAUCACCUCAUUUGAAAAUCCCAAAAUGCGCCUUCCGGGAUUGAAGUCUGAUAACCAGACGCCUACCAACGUACCAUGGAUCACACCAAUUGCAGAGUCUGCUGUUGGCGAGUCGGCUUUGUCACCAGGCGGACUGGCCUCAUGGCGAGCGAACAAUAUGCAGAGCUUGAAUCAGGCGGUGGGCUCACGGUCAAAUACCCCCGGUUUCAGAGGACGCCUUCCGUCCAUUGGAGAAACACCAGUGGAUGUCGAGCCGCCUACCUUCCCUCCUACGCCUUUCCGUAGGGGAGAAUACUCUACGACAUCGGACAGUGAGGACCAGCAACAAGACCAGGGCAAGGAGCAGGAGGAAGAGCCGUCACUGCUGUUACCAUCCGCCAGAUACGACCCUAAUCAAGAGACCAAGUCAACCCCGCAGACCGCCAUCCCAGCCAGUUCAGAAAAGUUCGCCAAUAUCAAGGGCCUCCCGUCCCCAGCGCCAGGCGUGUUCGAGGCACUUCAUUCGGAGAGUCGAAAUGGGUCGAGAGAUCGGAAGCCAGAUGGACUGCAGAUAAGCCUGUUCCAAGACCAGCUUGAAAGAAUGAGCAAUAGCAGGAGCCCGUUGUCGUCGUCGAACAGCCUCCAAACCGCAAAGACCCCGAGUACGGGUGGGUACAGCAUUGAUCAGUUUAUCCACAGCUUGGAUGAGGCAAAUCAAUUCUCGAAUCUGCAGCAGCAUGUGGACGGUCAGAGUACCACUCCAGGAUGGAACGAGGAUCCGUACAACCAACUGCCACUGUCUCCGCCGCCCAUGUCACCAGAGGAAGCAACGCAAGAGGAAAGAUACAGGGCCAAGCACAGCAGAUCCCAGUCGCGCAAUGAGAGCAAAGUGGGGAAACCUAACUCAAGGAACUCCUCACGACGCCGCCACAAUCGCUCUACGAGCCGCAACGCAGCUGGCCGCACGAGUGAUCGGAAUGAUCGUGGUCGUAGCUCCGAGAGAGAUGGGUCUGGUGCCAUGUCUCCGUCUUCUUCAUUGCCGAUGUCCCCAAUCGACGAUGCUUUGAGGAUUGUUACGAGUGAUCGGGAACGGCGCACGCACCAGCGGAGUAAUAGCCGUCGUGGGGAGCAAAUCCCUGGUCGACGGAGGGAUCAAUCUGCUGAGCCAGUGAGACCGGGUAGUCGUCAGACUCGCGAGCAUGAACCCGCCACGGACGAGGAGUUUUCAACGUCUAACGCCAAUGGUAUGAGUCAGGAGGAGCAGGGCCUUGGGAAUACGGACACAUCCGAGCAGGAAACUCGCGAGCUUCCUUUUGUGGUUGGUAUAUCAGAGCAGCGAAGGAAGGAGCUUGCUGCCGCGGAAUUGGAAGCGCGACGAUUGUCGCUGGCACGAAACCCGUCUGCGCCCAAUAUCCCUUUCCCUGGGGAUAUUCGAUUGAAUACUCGAAGCCCUCCUGUCGGUCUUCCAUUUUCCAUUAGUCCUUUUGGUCAGCGUUCGCAGGCGAGACAGAGGGCUCCCUCGAUCAUGGAGUCUCAGAGUAAACGAAGCAGCUCUGAUUCCGGAUCUUCUCAACCAGGGCUACCAACAAGCCCAUCAUCAUCAUCAUCACUGCGACAAGCCAAGUACAACAACGGCACCAGCAACGGUCAAGAAGACAAUGCAGCAGAUGCCCCUAUUCUACUGAGCGCCGCCACUUACCAACCCGAGGAAGAGAGAAUCGGCCGCUCCAUGUCCGUUCCCAUGCCAGAAACCCACCACAGCCCACCAGUCAACGCCAACAUGCCUCCAAACAUCCCAAUGCACCCCAGAUACAACCCCAACCUCCCGCGCAGUCGCUCGACAAGCCGGUCCCGUCAUAUAGGCCAUCGACGUGAGAACUCUCGAGAACACGGAAGCCCUGGUAGCUACUUUGGUGGUUCUCCUGUGGCCGUUAGUAUCGAGGAAACCCUAGCAAACGCAGACCAUCAACCGCCUAUCCUUCCAGAACUCCAACACCUCAACACGCCCCCGCCCCCGCCACCUCUUCCUUUCUCUAAUUCAGCCUCUGCCUCUCUACGUGAGUCUUCCGGAACAAUCGACAUCGCUUUCGACAACGAAAAUCUGGGCCGCCUGCUUCCUCGCGCAAUGACCGCUGGCCCAGCAUUUACAAACACGAUGGAUGUCCGCACUAGCGUCAACGGCAGUGCAAGCGCAAGUCCCGAUCGUCGACGAAUGUCAUUCGACCAUCGUCGCGGGAAGAGUGCAAACGAGAGCUUCACCAGCAAGAUCCGGAAUUUUACUCGCAUGCGCAGUAACAGUCGCGGGCUGGAGGGAUGGGGAAGUCCGGCUGUUGAGACCGAGUUGCCGUAUGAGAGUGUGCAGAUGGUUGACAGGAUUUGA